CACUUCUGCUUCAUCAUCAUAAAAGGCUGUUGCGGCUUUUCCCCUUGCUAAGCUUGUAGUGCAGAAGUGCAAAAGAAUAAAAGCAGCUCUCUUGGUAGUGAUACACAGCCCUGGAGCAGCCGUCGUGGGCUUUACGGGAAUGACAUUUACUGCUGACAUCAGAUCUGAGUGUUUACAUUGGAUUUCAGUGUCAGCCCUGGAGGUGUGGCUUAGCAGGGGCACUGUUUCAGUCUUCUGAUCCAGCUGAGGCAGUUCCCUCCUAGAAGAUACUCAUUCCCCUUGGCUGUGCUAUCCUGCUUGCAUCUGACUCCUCCCUCCUGCAGCUCAGAGAAGCAGAGGGUGAAUCCAGCAACUGUUUCUCCCUGAGCUACUAGAGCUUGAACAUACCUGAUGUUCUGCCUUCAUUUCAACUGAACUCGUGAGUAAGGCACCGUGCUUGAUACCUGUCAAAACCGAAUGGCAUGUUAUUACCUGAAGAACCUGAAUUAACCAUCUUCCAGUACUGAAAGGAUUUUUAAGAAUUGCUUUUUUUUUUUUUUUCCUCCCCAGCACCUUUGAUACUUCAUUGUUGCCUGGUUUUUCAAGAACAUGAGUUGUUCUGGUUAUCAAGGGUGCUUUCACCUGAAUAUUUCUUCAUCAGAUGCCAUGAAAGAGGGUGUAGGAAAACAAAGAAACUUGUGAAACAAAGAGACUUGCUGUGUGGAGCUAACAGUCUUGAUUUCAGCUAGCAAAAACUUGGAGAGUCGGUGAGAAGGCAGAGAAAAAGAUUUGCCAAGGACAAUGUCGGUAACACCCAGUAAUUUGUCACUUAGUGGGAUGAGCUCCUUCACUGAAAAUCAUAGUGUUAUGGAUAAGCCUCACGAGCAGAGAACUUGGAAUGUUUUUCUAUUCUGCUUGACUUUUAUCAUUGCAUUCACAGCACUUCUGGGCAGUAUUUAUUCACUAGUUUCCCUGCUGAAAAUACAAACCAGAACCACGGUUUCAAUGAUUGUGACCUCUUUGUCAAUAGAUGAUUUGAUCAGCAUUGUGCCAGUGAUUAUUUUCAUGCUCACCCAGUGGUCAAGUGAUGUCCUCCCCCAGCCUCUGUGCACCACCUCAGCUCUUAUAUAUUUAUUCCAGGGCAUUUCUAGCAACCUGAAAGGAUCUCUUAUAGUUUCUUACAACUUUUACACCAUCAGCAAAACUGAGACAAUGAGCUGCAGCACUUCCAAGCAACGAGUGAACAUGGUAUGGGCCAUUCUUACCAUUUGGAUUGUCAGUUUGCUUAUCUGCAUUUUGCCUCUUUGUGGUUGGGGCAAGUACAUCCCUACCUCCUGGGGCUGCUUCACUGACUGUGCCAGUUCCUUCAUCUUGUUUUUAUUUAUUGUCUACUCACUGUGCUUUUGCCUCCUCACAGUGCUGUCUGUUCCUCUAACUUACCAGCUGUUGUGCUCAGAUGAGCAACAGCUAUUACACGGUGAUUACCAGGAAGUCUCUGGAGGCUAUAUCACCCCUGGGACACCUGCAGGCUGCGGUACUGCUAUUCCAUCUCUGUCACCAGUGGACCCUGUGGAUACAGAUCUGAAGCAUUUCCAAAACACAUGUCCAGUCUCGGAGGCAGUUUUUAGAAAAGGUGUGGCUGGAAGCAGUGCGCUUGAGCACCACUGCAUGAGCAGCAUACAGAGCAGGAGCUUCAUGGUGGGCUUUGCCCAGAAACGAUUCUCACUGAUUCUUGCAUUGACAAAAGUCAUCCUCUGGCUUCCAAUGAUGAUACAAAUGGUUGUCCAGCACAUCACUGGUUUCCAGAGCCUUUCGUUUGAGACGCUUAGUUUCCUGCUGACUCUGCUGGCUGCCACAGUCACCCCAGUGUUCGCCAUGUCAGAACACUGGAUCCACCUGCCCUGUGGCUGCAUCAUUAAUUGCAGGAGGAAUUCUUAUGCAGUGUCUUCAGAAGAAUUCAAAACCAAACGUAGAGGUUUCGAGUUCAACCUGUCAUUCCAGCAAGUUUAUGGAAUCUACAAAAUCUCCCAUGAAAAUUACCACCACCACCACAGUGGGGAUGAUCAGUCUACAUCCUGUCACAACCUCAUGAGUGAUGACAGCAAUAACUCUAAAGAACCUGGGAGUAGAAGCACUGAACUUCCCCACUGUGGGACAGCAGCAUUCAGCAUCCUGGCCCUGGCGGAAUGCUCCCAGGAUGUCCCACCAGGACCAGUGGCCAGGCAGGAGUCCAGCAAGGAUCGGGGCACCAACCUCCUCCUUCCUGACAAGUGGGGAACCCUUGACAGAGAAGAGGGCAAAAAUACUGAGCAAUCAGCUUUCUCUGAAGGACCAGAAAGGAGGCUGUCACAGGAGGAAAACCGUAAACCUGAACUCACAGACUGGGAAUGGUGCAGGAGUAAAUCAGAAAGGACCCCUCGGCAGCGAUCAGGUGGGGCUUUGGCUGUCCCUUUGUGUGCAUUUCAAGGAACUGUAUCUCUUCAGGCACCCACAGGAAAAACACUGUCUUUAUCCACCUACGAGGUAAGCACUGAAGGGCAAAAAAUAACACCCAUGUCAAAGAAAAUUGAAGUAUAUCGAUCUAAAAGUGUUGGUCAUGAGCCAAACCCAGAGGAGUCUCCUGAUACAUUUGCUGACACAAGUGUUAAAAUUCAUUUAGAGGUACUUGAAAUUUGUGACAAUGAAGAGGCCCUGGAUACUGUGUCAAUCAUCAGUAACAUUAGCCAGUCCUCCACGCAGGUAAGGUCUCCAUCCUUACGUUAUUCAAGGAAAGAAAAUAGGUUUGUCUCAUGCGAUUUAGGGGAAACUGCCUCCUACUCCCUCUUCAUACCAUCAAAUGAUCCUGACAGCGGUAUUAACAUAUCAAUUCCGGACACUGUUGAAGCUCAUAGGCAGAACAGUAAAAAGCAGUAUGUGGAAAAAGGUGGUUAUCAGGAAGAAAUACAAAUAUUGAAUAAAGCAUACAUAAAACGGGAAGAAGAUGGCAACAGCAAUUAAAAGGCAUUUAAUCUAGACAUCUGAAAUGAUUUGACAGACAUUGCUCCUCUUGACUCAAGUUACCCUAGCAGAUACAGUGUCAAAUGUUUUUUCCUAGCAGAUAAAUAAAUUUUAUUUGUGUACACUGUAAAUUAGAUUAAAACUUUUAAUGAUAUAUGGAUGGUAUAACAAAUACUUCAGUGCUUCACAACUUUGCAUAGUGAAUUUCCAGUUAUUUAUAUAUUUAUUUGAGAAACACAUGCGUCAAAAAGGAAUCAUAAAUAAAGUUUUAAAAAAACAGCUUUGAUUGCUUGUUGGCACUGAGUGGUCUGUCUGUGGGAACCUGUGGAAACUGAGGGAGCAGCUCCACAGGUGUGAGGUUCUGCUCUUUACUGAUGUGCCAGACCUGAAAUAUUUAUCUUAAAAAAAAUGUAGCACAAGCACAAGUCAGUUUAUUUAGUUGACUUAAGUAGAGGAUUAGAAAGUUCUGUAAAUGGUUUAAUUUUCUCCUGCUCUAUCCAUGAUUUUUAUGUUAACAACCAUGUAAGUGGCCAGUGUAUAGACCUUUAAAUGUGGGUGGCUGCAAUGUAAGCAUGCACAUUUUGUAAAUACAGCGUUGUUAAACUGAAGUGUUUUUGUGGUUGACAUUUCUUUGAUCAAAUGUGACAAAUGUUGGUUAUUUUAUGCUGUCUCCUUUUUCGCCUCCAUGAUCUCUACCAAGUUAAUACAUUUGCCAACAUUAAAGAAUAUUUGUAACUCAAUCCAGAUCAAGACAGCAUUUGAAAUGUUUGAAGAGCUAGGACAUCAAAAUUAGUUUGAAUAAUUCUUUAUGUCCGAGUUGUCCCUAAGCAAGGAAUAGCUUUACAAUGUCCCCUUCUUCCUUAAGGCCCAUGUGAAGCUAAUACUUCUCUCAACAGAACCCCAACAGCACAUGUCACUUGCAGAGAGUUGAAGGAGUCCCACUGUCUCACAGCAAGAACACUACUGGGUUUUAUGCCAUAUAUAUUCUGUUAGUAAACUUGUCAUCACUUCUCCUUGGGUGGAUCCUCAUGCUUCAGAUCUGAGAGUUACAACUGAUGUGUGACUCCUUAAGAGGAAUCAGGAGCUAUUCAGGGUGGCCAAACUUAGAGACUGAGCUUAGACAUCGACCUCAGGAGAGUGCUCUGGUUACCUAAAGUGGGUCCCAACCUGUAUCACCCUCAGGAGGAGCCUGUCUCUAGUGACUUAUAAGGAAACUAGAACUAAGUAUAAAGCCAAGAUAAAAUCAAUAAAUACUGUAAUUUGUGUCAAAUUCAGAUAAGCCGAGGUGGAAUCAAUGGAAACAAUGGAGCUCUCAAGUCUGACAUGAAGUAUGCAGCAUAUGCUUGAAAUGCCACUGCAUUUUGACUGAAUGCUCUUUUUCUGAGGGUUUAUCAUUCAUUUCAGUUAAACAGAGAUAAAUAUACUCCGAGGACUUUCAGCAGUUUAAUUAAAAUUUACACUGUUUAUUAAGGAAUAGAUUUAAUUUCCAGUGGCACGCGUGACAACAUAACCAUUUAGGCAUCUGCAGUCACGCUUUUUUUCAUUUGGUGGGAACAUACAAGAGAAAAUAAGCACAAUCCAAUCAUCAGGAUUCUGUUAUGGGUUAUGAGCAGA